CCUUGUGAUUUUCCACUUUAGUUGCGUUGUGAUGUGUCAAUAGUUGAAAAGUUUGUGAGAAUUUUGUGUUUCACAGAAGAAUUUGCAGAAUGGAGCCAAGUGUAGACGACUUGCUGUCCUUCAAGGAGUUCCCACUGAUGCAGGAUGGUAACUCCGACAGCGCACAGCUGAACAUCGACUCCCCGAAGAAAGUUUCACCCAGUCGGGAAUCGGACAACGGUGAAGAAACUGCACCGACGAAAAGUUCAUCAUUCUUCACUUUCGAGUACUACCAGAGGUUCUUCGACGUCGAUACAAUGACUGUGGUGGACCGAAUAGUCACGUCUAUCAUUCCAAAGCGGGCACCGACCGAUUACCUAAAGCUUAACAUAGCCACCAAUCCGGAUCUCUAUGGGCCCGUCUGGAUCGUGAUCACUUUAAUUUUCACAAUUGCCAUUUCGGGUAACAUGGCCAGUUACCUGCAGAAUGCUGGCAACCACCACUGGCGGUAUAAUUUCCACCUGGUUUCGGCUUCGGCAACGGUUAUCAUUUUGUACACCAGUUUCAUGCCCUUUGCUCUGUGGGCACUGCUCAAAUGGAGCGUUCGGACGGAUGAGAUGGACUUGGAAGAGCAGGCUCCAUACACUCCUACCUUAUUGUCACUGGUCUGCGUCUAUGGAUAUUCCAUGGGCAUUUACAUCCCGGUUUCGAUCCUUUGGACCAUUCAGAUUCCCCUCUUCCAAUGGCUUUUGGUUGCAACGGGAACGUUCCUGUCCGGAUUCGCCCUGAUUUGGAUUCUGAUGCCGGCGAUUAAGACUUCGAAAUUAUCCUUCUUCAUCACACCGACCAUCGGAUUGGUGCAUUUCAUUCUGGCUACCGGAUUUAUGCUGUACUUCUUCCAUCCAGCAGAUUCGCCCGAAGCGCCGGUUAAAGUGAUGGAACAGAUCAAAACUACGAUUGCAACGGUCAUUGCCCACAAAAAUGCUACCCAAUAGAUUUUAAUAGAAUGAACAUUGUGUCUAAGUCAUUUAAGUGGAAUAAAUCUGUGCUUACUAAA